CCAGAGGCCAAAAACACAAUACGUUCAAAUUUGUAUUUAAUUUAUAUAUAGGCCUAUAGCCUAUACGUCCAUGAACGUGAUAACUGGAGUAGCCUUUUUGUCCGAUUUUGGUGAGAUUUGGUUUAUUGUGUAAGGCGGGAUAAACUUGAAUGAGUUCAUGAACCAGCAUGAUCGAACCGAGGUGAACGCGGUAUUACGGGGUUUACCUCUAUAAACAUGGCGCAGAGGACCUCGGACACAUUAGCUGAUGAUAUUAGUGAUGCAAGCACUAUUGUGAAUGUUUCACUUUUAAAAAGAGGAAAGACAAUAGUUAGGCCUACUGACAAAGAGAAGACAGUAAAAGAAGAUGCCUCGAGUUCAAAUAGUAACCAAGCAGGCUCAGCAUGUAAAUCUGAACUCAGCAUAAGGAUUAAUGAUUGUAAUAACAAAGUGGUUAGUUGGCUUGACCAACACUCUAUGGUGAACCCUCAAGAGGAUCUUGACACGGAAGAGGAAGCUAUUCACGAAUUUGUUUCUCUUCCCAGGACUAAUGAGACCAAUCUUGCAUAUUCAAUGAAGUACAGGAUCCAUGCUUUCUUGCUCGAAGUUAAACCUAACUUACCAAAAUAUUCUAUAGAUCUGAUCAGUGGUCAUUGCAACGACGGUUGUAAGAGAUUUACGGUGUAUUCUUCAAUACAUUGGAGCAAGGAAGGCAGCUUCAAUGUUCCUACUUGUCCUGAUUGCUUCAGUACAGGUGUUAAAAAGACUCUGUUGCUUACGUUCAAGUUCAAGCUGCUGGUCUUGGAUCGUGAUGGACAUCACAUGACUAUACAUUUGUGCCACACAGAAGCUGAAAAAUUCCUCGGUUGUUCAGCAGUGGAUUUUCUCAGAAAAGAGUCAGUACGAGAUGUAGCUAUUUUACCCUUGGUGGAUUACUCAGCAUCAAAGACAUAUGAGGCAGACUUCACCCCGCUGAUGGAACUGUGUAUAGUCCCAGCCAAAGGUGUAUUCUUUGUAGUUGAUUCUAUUCUCAGGAACAGUUCCCUUAGGAAAUAGAGUAUUGACAAAAUAUCACAAACUAAUACAAAAAUAAAUAUUUUAGAUGAAAUCUACUUGUUACACAUCAUAAUCUAACUGAGAGAUGGCUCUGAUGUUCAUUUGUUGGUAUUAUUAAAUACUAUUAACUAGGGGCGAAUCGACCGUGGUCAAUAGAAAUAUCCCUACAAUUACCUCACUAUCCACACAAAAAAAAUACCAUGAAAGUUUUAUAAAUUUCUAUCGACCAGGGUUGAUUCGCACCCAGUUAAAGGGGGGUCUACACGCAAGAAUUUCACUAACGUUUAAUCUGCGCAGGUAAAACGUUGCAGUCAAGUCGUUGCAAAUAAAUUGCAAAGAAAUUCGUCCACACGGUACAGGUUUCAGCACCAACUUUUAGUGUAGUUUUGAGAUAACUUUCAGUGUAUGUGCAUGUAAAUCAUGGAAGAUGUGUUUCUGUGGUCGAUUUCUGCAGCCAGUGUUACAAGAAAGCAAAGAAAUAAGUCUGAGCAACGACGGCGCUCACUAUGGUCAUUGGUUAUUAAAGGACAACCAAUUUCAUAAUAUUUUCUCUGUUCACGUUUAAAUCUACUGCUUUGUAUUUUUCAAAAGUAUCUAAGUCUUUUUCAUAUCACAGUCACUAUGUUCCUUACUCUUGACCCUCCAUAAAUUAACAAAAACUUCAGCACAGUUCGAUGAAUUCAACAAUACAAUCAUGGGAACAUUGGUGAAGAUCUGCGAUCGUAAUUAAAAAACACACUUAUACCUCUGACAGCACGUGAAGAAAACAGUGCAUACUGGGGUUUUGAGCGUGAAGACGGAGUUGAAACGGAUGACAGUGUACACACGCAACAACUUGUCUGAAAACGUUGUCAAAACUAUGCUCUCCGCAAUAGUUUUAUCGCUCCGUCUUCCGUCUCCGCGCAGUUUAAAAAAAUGCAUAGUUUUGCGGUACACGCGCAACGAUUUAUUUGCGCAGGUAAAACGUACGGCAAAUCCUUGCGUGUAGACCUGCCUUAAUAGUAGUUCUACUGUGCCUAAAGUAGAAAAUAUACUAUUUUAAUUUUUACUCAAAUAGUGUGUUUUGGUCUUUUUAAACAAUUUUGAUACAAGGAUGAUCUGGUGACCUGGAUGGGGUUCAGUUUCAGGUCAUUGACGUUCCACUGUAUUAACACUUUAUUUCCAUAUAAAAAUUCAAUUUUCUACUUGAUAUUUCAGGUACUAUAUUUUUUUUACAUAGACUUAAGAACUUUUGGUGAAUUAUGUGAUUUAAGAAUAACCUACUGCCAAAUAAAUGUUAAGAAUUAAAAAAAUUGUCAUACUAACGUACAAAGAAAUUUAUAGCUCAUAGCUCAUAUCUAUGAAAAAUAACAUAAUGGUGUUUCUUAACCCUUCCCGGACGGGCAAAAUUGUGACAUAAAACGGGAAAAAAUAAAAAUUAAUUUUCCUUAUUUGUGUUUGUUUUUCAAGUAUACAUAGCCUAGAAUAAACACAAUGGAACACUUCAUACUGUCAAAAUAAUUUUCUGUAUCAAAUUGUGCAAUAAAAAAUAUAAACAAGUA